GGUGGGGAGGGGGGCACGACGGGACUAUUCCAUUUGCAACAAAGAGAACGGUGGAGGGGGGAAAUCGGAGAUGUGUUCGCCAAAGAAGCCAAAUUUUGGAAAAAAUACCUUAUUCCAUGUACCAUUUUUACACCACAAAAUGAUCGUGUGGAUACUCCUGCUUUUCUCCAUCAUCCAAUGUUCAGUUCAAAAGGAGGAUGAAGAUUAUGAAGAUGCUCCAUCAAAUAAGACAUGGCUACUGACACGAAAAUUUCAUGAUAAUGAUGUUACAUCUAUUUUAAAUGGUCUUUUGAAGGGGUACGAUAACAAGUUGAGACCCGAUAUUGGAGUAAAGCCAACAGUAAUUCACACAGACAUGUAUGUAAACAGCAUUGGGCCAGUAAAUGCUAUCAAUAUGGAGUAUACCAUUGACAUAUUUUUUGCGCAAACCUGGUAUGACAGACGUCUAAAAUUCAAUAGCACAAUAAAGGUACUCCGGCUGAAUAGUAAUAUGGUUGGUAAGAUCUGGAUACCUGACACUUUUUUUCGGAACUCCAAAAAAGCAGAUGCACACUGGAUAACAACACCUAACCGAAUGUUGCGGAUAUGGAAUGAUGGAAGAGUUCUUUACACUCUUAGACUUACUAUAGAUGCAGAGUGUCAAUUGCAGUUACACAACUUUCCAAUGGAUGAACACUCUUGUCCCUUGGAGUUUUCUAGCUAUGGGUAUCCAAAAGAAGAGAUUAUUUACCAAUGGAAACGCAGUUCUGUUGAGGUUGGAGAUGUCAGGUCAUGGAGGCUUUAUCAGUUUUCAUUUGUUGGUCUAAGAAAUACAACAGAAGAAGUGAAGACAACUUCAGGAGAUUAUGUUGUGAUGGCAGUGUACUUUGAUCUGAGCAGGCGAAUGGGUUACUUUACUAUUCAGACCUAUAUUCCUUGCACCCUUAUUGUUGUUCUGUCAUGGGUAUCUUUUUGGAUUAAUAAGGAUGCUGUGCCAGCUCGAACAUCAUUGGGUAUUACAACUGUAUUGACAAUGACCACUCUGAGUACGAUUGCUCGUAAAUCUCUACCUAAGGUGUCUUAUGUGACAGCAAUGGAUCUCUUCGUGUCAGUCUGCUUUAUUUUUGUAUUUGCUGCUUUGAUGGAAUACGGAACCCUUCAUUAUUUUGUUAGUAACAGGAAACCCAGCAAGGACAAAGAAAAGAAGAAGAAAAAUCCACUUCUCUGGAUGUUUUCCUUCAAGGCCCCAACAAUUGAUAUCCGUCCACGUUCAGCAACUAUUCAAAUGAAUAAUGCCACACACCUACAAGAAAGAGAUGAAGAAUAUGGAUAUGAAUGCCUAGAUGGAAAAGAUUGUGCAAGCUUCUUCUGCUGUUUUGAAGAUUGCCGAACUGGUGCAUGGAGACAUGGAAGAAUACAUAUUCGUGUUGCAAAAAUUGACUCCUAUUCUCGGAUUUUCUUCCCAACAGCCUUCUGCUUGUUUAAUUUGGUAUACUGGGUAUCAUACCUCUACCUUUAAAAUAGAGAAAAAAAUAUAUAAUGCAUAUAGUAAAGUGAUACGGGCCUUAUAAAACUUAUUUAAUUUCUUUUAAAUAUGAAUUUCUUUAUUUAGUCGUAUGGGAUGUGUUUCCAAACACUAUACGUUUUGUCUCAAAUUUACAGAGUGCCAUAGCUUAGUAUUUCAAUGACCAUAUAUGGAAAAACUUGUUUACAGAACAAAUGUUAAGUCAAAUAUUAAAUAGUAUGUGAUGUUAAAGGAACACGGAGGUUGAUCUUAAUAGGAAUGAUGAAGUUUGUUAAAGAAGUAAUGAAUUCAAUUUAUUAAUUAAAGACACCAUCCUCUUCUUCUUUAAAAAUUAUUUUCUACUCUAUUACAUUUAUGUAAUUAAAUCUUUUACUCAUGUGUCUAUUCUUUUAAAGCAGGAGAAAAAAAAACAUUUUUAUAAAAUAGCAAAAACCUUACAGCAACUAGUUAUUGCGCAUAUGUACAAUUCUGUAAAUAAUUUUAUUAAUUUAAAUCAUGUAUUCUAUAGGAAAAAAAACAGUUAAUGCAUGCAUCAAUUAAGGUCAACCCGCAUAUGUUCUGUACCACCAGUUUUACAUUUUCCUGCUUUGUCAGCCUGUGCUGUGUUAGAUAUGACAAUGGAUUGACUCCAUCUUUUCCCUUGACCUUAACUACCUAAGCUAUCAUGCAUGAAAAUUAAUAUAUUCUGCACUUUUUUUAACUACCAUCCUUUAAUGCCUUAAGGAUAUCAAAGUAUAAAACAAUCUGCUUUUUCACUCCUUCUCCCCAUUUAGUUUUUUAAACGCUUGCCAAAGGGAACAGAGGAAAAUGAUUGCAAAUGUCUACUGUUUGUCUUUUGGAUUUUAUAUUUCUAUUUAGCUAUGUAGAUAUUUUCUUUUCCUUUAGGUUGCAAAUGCAUUUUCCUCAUGUAAUACAAUGGUCACAGCACCCUGUUGCUAAAAUUAAUCAAGUCCGAUUAUAUUUCUUACACGUUAUAUUAUUAUGCAUUACAAAAUGACUUGGAAUUUAAUAAGUCAAUGUCACAUUACUAACAUUAUUUAAACAUAUUUGGAGAAUCAUGAGAACAUGAAUGAGGAAUACCAUUUACUUGACAAAAAAUUAUUAGCCCAACCCGUUUGUGCACAACAGUCCAAAUAA